AGGUGGUACGAGAUCGAGCGCUUCGCCCAGGUCUGGGAGGCUCUGGGCAAGUGCGCCAUCGCUUACUACGACGUAGACCACACAACGAGCAACCGGGUAACCGUCAAUAACACCAUGAGGACCAUCUUCGGCAACGAAGUAAGCCAGAGUGGCUACGCCGACAUUACCAGCCAGGACAAAGGAGAGCUCAACGUAGUCUUCCAGGUUCCUAUCUUUGGCAAGCGUGAGGCUCCGUACUGGGUGCUUGAAACCGACUACUACAACUUCUCCCUCGUUUACUCCUGCUCAGACAUUUUGGGCUUCCUGAAGAUUGAAUCUGCCUGGGUCCUCGCCCGCUAUCCCACCCUGAGCAAUGAGGUCCAACAGAAAGUAGAUGCAGCCAUCGAGAAACACAACAUCAAGAAGCGCGCAUUCAGGCCCACCAAACAAGACUGCUAAACAAAGCACUGCGCACUGAAUAUUUACUCAGCAAAUAUACCUCGCAAUUUUAUCUCGAACAAA